AUGGGUUCUGCCAAGGCAGUGUUGUUGCUUCUGCAUCUCCUCCUCCUCGCCACUCUGUUUCUGAGCUCUGUUUCGUCCCCUUGCUCUCCACCACCGCUGCAGACACCACCGGCCGCCGGCAGCAGCAAGUGCCCCGAGGACGCCUUGAAGUUCGGGGUUUGUGGUAGCUGGUUGGGAUUGGUUUCCGAGGUUGUGGGGACGAAACCCAGCAAGGAUUGCUGCACGUUGAUCCAAGGGGUUGCGGAUCUCGAAGCCGCAUUGUGCCUGUGCUCUGCCAUGAAGGCCAACGUUCUAGGGUUGGUGAAGCUGGAAAUCCCCAUCGCCGUCACUCUGCUGGUCAAUGCCUGUGGAGGGAACAUCCCUCAAGGAUUCAAGUGCACUUGA